GUGUGGGGUGAGAGCUGCGAGCUGAGCCCUGCCGGGGAGCGGGCUGCGGGCCGGCCACGCGGGAAGCGCCACCAUGGCCCGGCGGGAGCGGGAGCUGGAGCAGGGCUCGGCUGAGCCAAGGGUAGCUGGCAUUGCCCGGACAUUCGCCUUGCUGGAAGCCGCCCGGCCCAAAGCGGGGAGCCUGGCCCGCAUCUCCCACCUCUGGCCGGCCGCCACAGGGAGCAGGGAGCGUUUCCAUUCACUGCAGAGGACGGACACCAGCAGGAGCAUCAGCCAGAGCAGCCAGGGCCUGGGGAGCUGGGGCAGGACUGCAGGCCGCUCUGGCAGUGCCCGGAGGAAGGAGCUGAAGGAAAUUCUCCUGCAGAGCAAUAGCCCCGGCAGCACCAUGCGGUUUGCCACUGCUCAGAAGACAUCCAGUGUCAGCAGUGUCCUUGCAGGGACACACCAAGAACAGAAGACCGAGCAGAGCCCCGAGGUGCUGUCCCUUGCCCUGGAUCCCCUGGAGCAUGAAUGGCUGCUGACAGUGGCCCAGGGUGAUGCAGACAACAUCAUCAGGCUGCUGGACCUGGAUCCCAGCCUGCUGACGAGGAAAGACUUUGUGACAGGCUUCACCGCUCUCCAUUGGCUUGCCAAGCAUGGCCACUAUGAGAGCUUCAUCCAGGUCAUCUCCCAUGCCCAGAAGAAGGGCUAUCCCAUCAAUGUGAACAUCCCUACAGCCAGUGGUGGGUUCACUCCCUUGCACAUGGCUGCCCUGCAGGGACACGAGCUGCUCAUCAAAGUGCUGGUGGGAGCUUAUGGGGCAGACACCAGCUGCAGGGACCACAACGGACGCAAGGCUUGGCAGUACCUGAGUGCAGACACCUCCCAGGAGCUGAAGGAGCUGGCGGGGGCCUUGGAGGAGGACUUGGUCCACCUGUGCUCUCACAACACCAACAACAACUGUAAGUCAUCCAGAGAGGCCAGGGCAGGGCAGGACUGUGUGGACUCUAGGGCUGAGGGGAAAGCCCAGCGCUCCUGGAGCAUGUCGACCCUCCGGGUCUUUGUCAGACAGGCAUUUACUUUCUUCCAAGAGCGCUAAAGCUCCCUUGGCCCCAUUCUCCUACAAACCUGCGCUGAAUAGCAGCUGGAAAAGCCUGUGAAGAGCUGGGAACUGGGCGAGGGCUGACACUCAAAAUCCCAGCCAAGCAGGGAUUAACCUCCUGCACGGGGGCACUGCGGCCACCCCGGGUCUCAUGUGGUCUUUCAGGGCUUGUGCCGGUGUUAGUGUGUGUGCAGCAACCAUGGCCGUGGGGAGCACUGCCUGGGGACAGCCCUAACAAAGUAACGCCUGUGCCAAAGGGGAUUUUGCCCCCAUCCCUGCUGGUGGGGGUUCCUUGCCACGGCCCAGCAGAGCCCCACAGUGGGAGCUCAUGUGCUGGCAUUGCUGUGGGGAGCUGCUUCUGCGACACCCUGCAUGCCUGUGGGGGGAUGCUGACCCUCCAUGGAAGGUGGUGUCCGGUGCUGGGGUGGAUGUUUGGGUGCCCGUCCCAGGCUGCCGGCAGACUUUGUGUGUGACUGUAGGUGGGUCAUGCAGCAACUUGGUGUCUUUGUUGUCUCACCUAUAAAAUGAGGCUGUGUUGUGGUUUAAGCCCAGCCGGUAACUCAGAACCAUGCAGCACUCCGCUGGCUCCCAGCAAUGCUGUGAAGUUGGACUCGUUGUGGCACCUCAGGUGCCUGGAUGGAGACACUGGCAGAAUAUAAUUGGAUAUUUCAGAAGCAUACUCUUGUGAUGCCAGAGGCCUGGCACUGGGCUGACAGUGGAGAAGCAACUGUGGCUUCAGAAGCAACCCCCCACUUUUUUAUGUAUGCUUCUCUGCUGGCAGGGAGAGUGGGUACAGACAAGCAGGCCAUGCCACCAGCCACAAACACUUUCCAGCUCCCUGUGAGGUUCCCAGAGCUCUUCCACAUGCACCUCCUCUGGGUUGCUGUUUGUUUAUGACAGCUGAAGCUGUUUCUCAGUAAAGUAAGAGCUGGAGUGCUCAGCAAAACAGAAAGUUUUCAAAGUGCAAAACAAGUCCCCACUGGCAGCCCCUCCCUGGGACCCCCAGCCAGGGGGGCCCGAGAUGCUCAGCCCCACUGGAGAUGGGGGCAGGAGCAGAGGAGGCAGGAGGGGCACCCAGUGAGGUGGCAUGUGGUGGCUCCCGCAGGGACUGGAGUUCAGGAGCAGCUCUGGAAAGAUGAUUCAUUGCUCAAAACCAUGGAAAAGGUACGAAGGGUGAGAGAUUAUCUUUGUUGCUACUGAGGUCAUGCUCAAAAAUCAAACUCUUGAGAACCAUCCCUAUAGCAGCAUAACCCCAUGUGUAUGUACUGGUAACUUCAUUAAAAGGGCAAAACCUUUGCUC